AUGCUUCUGGACAUACCGCCCAAAUUAUGUCCAAAAUCAGUGACUAACUCUAGUUUACAACCUGUAUUUGGGAGAAAACUUGAAUUUACUGAAUCGAAUAUUAAUAAUGCAUAUCAUAAAACGAUAAAUGAAGAGCAUGUAAAUGACAAGAAUGAACAAGUGAAUGAAUGCAUUGCCAGGACCGUGUUAAUGCAGAAGGAUACAUUGUGCACCGACGCUUAUCUGUUUCUGCAUGCUUAA